ACUUUAAAACUGAUCCCAUGAGAGAACAGUAAGUUUUGAUGAAGCAAAUAUAUGAAGCCACAUUCCUUGCUUCCCUGAAUCCAGGAUAUUGGCUGCUCUACUUGUGCCAGCUGGCAGAGAUUCCCAAGGGGCUGUGUGCCAGGUAUGUGCCGUCAGAACACUCCAGCCGCUGCUGCUCUUCUUUUCUGUGCCUAGACCUCUCCUCCCAUGCCAGAGACUAUGAGAUGAGGUAGGAGCCGAAAAUACUAGCUGCCGUUGGCAUAGCUGGGGAACGGCAGUCUCUUGGGCUUAAUGGAGGAGAAGAAUUUGCUUUACAAUUCCUAGAUAUAUCUGAACUGUAUUUCCUUACAAUCAAGUAUAGGACACAUGGGGUCAACAUGAACAUGACUUACCAGUAUCCUCAGGCCCCGAGACUGUUUCAUGUAUUAUUGAGGCAUGGUUAGGCACCCAUACUAGUAGCAGAAUUAAUCUUCUUAAUUAUCUAGAGAUUUAUUUGUCUGUCAGUGUGGGGUAUAAACAUCUGACCUGCUAAAAACUGUUGGUAAACACUUGCAACCUUUUAGGAGUAAUGAUGAGUUGAAUUAUUCCUUUCUAAAAUCUUUUUCUAACUUUUUUUUUUUUGAGCUUUCAUGUUAUGACCAGAGAGCUAUUAUGCUUUCUAACUUGUUGAACAGCUAAAAGCUCUUGGGAAGAUGCAGCAGGCUACCUGCAGGUAUGUUGAAUUAAUCAUGUGGACUAGCACUAUCCCAAUGUCACCCUGCGGUCAGGCCUGCUCUCUGGCUGAAGCAGCUCGGAGGUGCUGCCCUGUUGCGCGAGAGACCUGGAUCAAUAAACUCCCUCUUCCCCACCUCCCCUGCACGCUACGUUUUUGCUGGCUGCCUGGAACAUGGACUUCCCCCAGCCACACGGGGUUCUCUCAGUUGCAGUCCGUUCCGCUGCUGGUUUCAGGUAUUUAAAACAUAUCCCUUCUGGGAAAAAUCCCAAGUUUUUGAAUGAGAGGCAGGUUCUUGUGAGACUUCGGCUGAAGGGCGUGAGAAGCAGCGGCCAGGCGCUGACGGCGGGAGCCCGCGAAGAGGCUGCGGCGGGGGGGCCGGGCCCAGCGGAGGCCUGCGAGGACCGAACGCCCUGAAGGGACACUGGGCGCCGCGCCACAGCGGCCGAGCGCUGCGAGGCUAUGGGAGGGGACAGCGGGGACCUGGCUGGACUAGGUGGAAAGCGCGAGGGCGAAGCGGCAGCGAGCGGGACCGCGGGCCGCAGCGGACACCACAGCGCGGCCGGUACCAUGACAACACGGAGAGAGGCGAGACGAGCUGGAAAGCGCGGCCCUACCAGGACAUCCUCUCUGGCCGCUGGAGGAUUUGCUCUCUGUGGCGGCCGCUCCUUCCCCCAAUGGGAGGCGGCGGCGGACAGCAUGGCCCGGCAUGCACCACGGCCUCCGCCUCACUUCCCGGCCUGGCCGCUAAGAUGGCGACUCCCAUGCACCGCCUCAUCGCUCGGAGACAGGGAAGCAAACAAGCAGCAUGUAAGAUGUCAGAAAUGUCUAGAGUUUGGACAUUGGACGUAUGAAUGUAAAGGGAAGAGAAAAUACCUGCACAGACCUUCGAGGACAGCUCAAUUAGCGAAAAUUCUUAAAGAAAAAGAAAAGCAACUAUUACUGCAACAAAGAUCUAAAAGCGUGACCAGUUCCAGCAGCAGUAGCAGUGCCAGUUCGGCUAGUGAUUCCUCAUCUGACAGUGAAGAUUCUUCUACCUCUUCUUCUUCUGACGAUAGUGACAGUGAUGAGAGCUCUUCUACUUCCUCCUCUUCUCCAUCCUCGAGUAGUACUUCUUCCUCUUCAGAGUUUGAAUCAGAUUCUAGUUCCUCCAGCAGUAGCAGCAGUAGCACAGACAGUAGUUCUGAUGAUGAGCCACCAAAGAAAAAGAAGAAGAAAUAGUGCGGUACAGUGUAGAACUGUUGUUCAGUGAUGAUAACACUCUUCAAAGAUGUUUUGAGCACAUGAUUGCCAAACAGUUUAAAUGGUCAACAUUUCUACUGCUAAAACUUUCUAAAUGUUUUGCAUAGUUGUUCAUAGGACAUGAAAGGCAUUAAAUGGCACAUGAGACUUACUGAAAGAGUAUUUUUGUGGUUUAUCCUUUUAUGGAAAAUUUUACUUUUUUAGUUCAAAAAUCUAUCAUCAGAUUUGUUUAUAUGAGCUAAGGUCCAGUAACCUGGAUGUUUACAUGCUGGAAAGCAAAAGCUUUUUAUUGCAGAUCAUGCUGUGCAUCAUAUGCUACUAUGUUUAUGACAGCUUCAUUUACAUUUAGAAAAUCCUCUAAGCUAUUAGAAGCAAAAGUUUUACACUGCUGGCUGUAGAGCACUGUCAUUGUUGAAAUUGAAUGCACAAUGUUGCACACAGAGGGCCUUCUAUCUCACUGUUAACAAAUGUAUUAUAUGCUGCUGAGCUUUUUCUCUGAUGGCUUUUCCUGAUGCUUCCAGGUUGAGUCUUAACUACAACAUAGAACUUUAAAUAGUGUUAAUUUGUUAAUGAUCAAUAUAUUACUUGUACUGUACAGAGGCUUUAGUCUUUUCAACUCACUUGUUUCCUUAGCUCAUGUAUUUAUAGUAUUUUCUGAGACACAGAGUGUCUCUUGCAGCAGUGUCUGUGUAAGGAAGAGGAGCAGUGCACAGUGAAAGAAUUAUGACUGAUGCUGCUUAGGAGUUUCAUCUUUGUGCCUUUUUUUGUAAAUUAAAUGUAUCCUAGUGAGAGAAGGGCUUGAGUGGGUGUUUUUCAGCACUCCAUUAGCUUUCCAUACAGAACAUGGUCAGUGAAACCAGAGAUAUAGUAGUAACAAACAAAGAUGGGCACUAUUUUUGAGGAGAUGGGAGAAAAGGUUAUUUCACUGGACACUCAGUAAGAAAAGGAGUUGCUUUUAAAUAGAGGCCCCAAAGGAAAGUGUUUCCCUUUUGAUAUUUUUGCAAAAAAUUGUUGUGUAAUGCAAGAUAUACCAAUCCAUGUUGUUGGCCACAUGGUGGCUGGCAUUAUGGUCUGCAGUAUCAUCACUCCAUUAUUUUUAUGUAAUAGUGUGUAUGUGUCUGUGAAAAUCUGGCAUGGGAGAAGCAAGUUAGUGCCAAAAAAAAAAAAAAAAAAAAAAAAGGCAAAUUCCAAACAUACGGCAGUUCAAGUAUUGCUGGUUGCAAAUUUGAAGUUAUUUGUUCUUUUGGUGGAUUGAAACAGUUGGCAUUAGUAUUCUGAUUUGUGAUGGCAGUCUCCUAAACUUAUUGUUGGAGUGCCCUUUUUUGGGGAGGGGACAUCACAUGUGGAAGAAUUCCUAAAUAUCUUGGUUUAGGUAAAAUAUAGUAACUAAACUAUUUUUUAUAUUUUUAUGGAAAAAGUAGUGUGUAGAAUUACUUUUGAAUAAACUGUGCUUAUUUAAAUGUUUGAAAAUGUAUGUUGUGUGUUUUAGUCUGUAAUCAUUACUGUGUUUUACAGAACACACUGCAGACUGCAAAUAAAAUUACCAGCAAAUGGUUUUAAGUC